AUGUGGUCAAUUGCUUUGUUAAUUAACACAUCUAGUUGGCUCGAAUUCAAGCAUAAUUGGAAAUUGAUAUGUCUUGUUUUUCUGAAAUUACAUCUUGAUGAAGAAGAUUACGACAGAGGAACUCAAGAUGCUUUACUCGAAAAGAUCAACAACAUAAAAUCUGAUACAAAUACUGUCGAUGCAAUUAAAUCUAGUGAAGUUAUUCAUGAAGAAGAUACAACAAAUACAACUGGUACUUGUUUAUAUGAUUUCGAUGAUGGAGCAGAUGAUGAUAAUGAUGAAGUAGAUAAAAACUUUUCAACAGUGACAAAACAGAAGAUAGUUAUUGAUGAAGAACAAGAAGCCAAUGCCACUAAUUCACCUUUUAAAUCUGUUAUAAAGAAAAUAUUUCAAGAUGCACUUAAUAUUACUGGUAUUUUAGUAGAAGAAGCAGAAGGAGUUGCUCUUCAAAGUAUUUUAAAAUGGUUCAAAUAUUUGACAAAUUUUUUUAUGCCAACAUUACCCAUUUGGUCUAACUUAGAUUUAACUCGUCAUCAUCGUCGUAUUGUUCAAUCUUUUGAGCGAGUACUUAUUAUGCUACCACAACAACAAACAACAGCUAUUAGUGAGAGACGAAUGGGUAUCUUGAAACAUACUCAAUUAGGUAAAUCAAAUAUUAAAUCAACAUUGUAUAUGUGUUGCAACAUUUAA